CAUGGAAAAGGGGAAGGGAAAGUUUGUCCGGCGCCGAUGUGAGAGCGCUGGGCAGUGAGUGAGUGUGAUAGAGAGAGAAAAGAGCUCUGCAGCCUCCAAUGAUGUCGCUAACGCGGAUUUAGCUGCUGGUUACAGAGUCUGAGAGCGAAGCGAAAAUGGGGCUGCCGACUUUGGAGUUCAGCGACGCUUUUCUGGACAGCCCCGACUUCAGGGACCGGCUGAAAUGCCAUGAAAUUGAAUUGGAGCGGACCAACAAGUUCAUCAAGGAGCUGAUCAAAGACGGGAACUCGCUCAUAGGAGCGCUGAAAAACCUCUCUGUGGCCGUUCAGAAGUUUUCUCAGUCUCUGCAGGAGUUCCAGUUUGAGUGUAUUGGCGAUGCAGAGACAGACGAUGAGGUAAACAUUGCGCAGUCCUUUAAGGAGUUAUCCCAGCUGCUGAACUCUGUGGAGGAGGAGAGGAGACGCCUGAUCCAGAAUGCUGAUGACGUGCUCAUAACUCCCUUGGAGAAGUUUCGCAAGGAGCAGAUCGGAGCAGCUAAAGAAGGAAAAAAGAAGUUCGACAAAGAGACUGAGAAGUACUACUCAACCCUGGAGAAGCAUUUAAACCUGUCCUCCAAGAAAAAGGAAUCAUUACUGCAAGAGGCUGACACCCAGAUUGAUAAGGAGAGGCAGCUUUUCUACGAUGCCUCGCUGGAGUACGUCUUUAAAAUCCAGGAGGUCCAGGAGAAGAAGAAGUUUGAGUUUGUCGAGCCGCUCCUCGCCUUCUUGCAGGGUCUGUUCAAUUUCUACCAUGAGGGAUAUGAACUGGCCCAUGAGUUUGAACCCUACAAGCAGCAGCUUCAGUUCAACCUACAGAAUGCAAGGAACAACUUUUUGAGCACCAAGCAGGAGGUGGAGAAGUUGAUGAAGAGAGUGAGAUCAGCAGAUCAGGACCAGAAACCCCCCGGCCAGUGGACUAUGGAGGGGUACCUCUAUGUCCAGGAGAAAAGACCUCUGGGUUGCACUUGGACGCGACAUUACUGUACCUAUGAGAAAGGGAGCAAGACCUUCGUCAUGACCAACACCGAGGCCAAGGCUACAGCUAAACAGAAUGGUGUGGUGCUGAACCCUACAGAGAUGUUCAAGCUGAAGUCCUGUAUCCGUAGGAAAACAGACUCCAUUGACAAACGUUUCUGUUUUGACAUCGAGGUGGUGGAGAGAAAUGCCAUCUGUCGUGGAACUCUUUUCCGACCACUGCAUUAUUUCUGUAAAGUCCGGCAUGGUAUCGUAACCCUACAGGCACUGUCCGAGUCCAACAGGAGGCUGUGGCUAGAGGCCAUGGAUGGUAAAGAGCCGAUCUACAACCUCCCAGCCAUCCUGAGCAAGAAAGAAGAGACUCAUCUGAACGAGGCUGGCUUUAACUUUGUGAAGAAGUGCAUAGGCAUGGUUGAGAUGAGGGGGAUCAACACUAUGGGCCUGUACCGUAUAGGUGGAGUCAACUCCAAAGUCCAGAAGCUAAUGACCACAGUCUUUUCACCCAAAGCCCCAGCAGACAUGGACCUUGACCCUGAUACAUGGGACAAUAAGACCAUCACAAGUGGACUGAAGAAUUAUCUCAGGUGUCUCUCCGAGCCUCUCAUGACAUACAGGCUUCAUGAAGACUUUAUCCAGGCUGUCAAAUCAGAUGACCAGAACUACAGAGUAUGUGCUGUGCAUGCUCUGGUACACAAACUGCCUGACAGAAAUAAGGAGAUGCUGGAGAUUCUAAUAAAGCACCUGCUGAUUGUGUCCACCCAUAGUAAGAGCAACAUGAUGACCGUGGCCAACCUGGGGGUGGUCUUUGGCCCCACGCUCAUGCGCUCUCAAGAGGAGACUGUGGCUGCCAUGAUGAACAUCAAGUUCCAGAAUGUGGUGGUGGAGAUUAUGAUUGAGAACUUUGAAAAGAUUUUCCACCAGGCGCCGGAUCCUAACGUGGCCCUGCCACAGGCCCAGUCCCGGCCAGAGUCGCGCAGGAGCAGAGCCAUAUGCCUCUCCACAGGACCCCGCAAACCUAAGAGCCCAUACACUCCCACACUGUGUCUGGCUGAUGCAGACAUAGGUGACACAUUCAGCAGCAGUUCAGGCAGCACCCCUAUGGGCAGCAUGGAGUCCCUCUCCUCCCACUCCUCUGAGCAGAACAGCUCCUCAAAGACAGGCUCCUCCUCUCAGCUCAAAGAGAAGGCCUCUCUGAUGGUCUUGCCCCGGAGCCCCUCCUCCCUGUCCUCCAACGGGCCACAGGGCCUGGCCUGCACCAGCGUCAGCAGCCGUGAGUCCAGCUCCAGAGAAGACACGCCUCGAACGGACUCGGAGGACUCUCGCAGUCUAAGCUCUGUCCCUACAGCCUCCAGGUCCUCCCUGGCCCCUAAAAAAGCCCCCCACUCCUCAACAAUCGCACAGAGAUCAGCUCAGUUCACCUGUUUACCCGCUCCAUCUCUCAGAUCACUGCACAACCUGGAAGUUUCAGCUCGGCGCAGCUGUGCUGGCUCAGUGCAGAGUCUGCUGGCCAUGGACCACAGAGACAGCUCUAGAACCGCUCCACACCCGGACCUGCCACCCAAACGGCUCCUCCGCCACCGGCCAGAUUCAAGCAACGGCUACCAGAGACCCGGCUCAGUGGUGGCAGCCAGAGCACUGCUGUUUGAAAACCCCUCAUCUGCAGCAACUGCCAGUCCAGUGGGAAGAGACGCAAAGGCAAUGUACUCCUGCGAGGCUGAGCACAGCAAUGAACUGAGCUUCCCCCAGGGGGCGCACUUUUCAAAUGUGUAUCCUUCGGUGGAGCCCGGCUGGCUUCAGGCUACAUAUGAGGGCAGGACGGGACUGGUGCCCGAAAACUAUGUUGUCUUCCUCUGACUCCGCCCCCGAAGACGUCAUCAAACUUUUCAUGGUAUCCAUGGUAACGUAGACAUAGCAGUGACGUUUUAAUAGUAGAAAAGCACAUCCAGCAUGUGGACUGUGUGCAUAAUUAUUAUGCAGUUUGGAUAAAUAAUAAAAGAAGUGGUCACGAAUAUAAAGAGAGCAUCAAUAAAUGAUACAUAAUAUAUGUACAUAACCUAAUCAUGUACGUAUGCAGUCUUAAGCAGCCCUGUUUCUGCAGUCCAAACUGUUAUCUGUAGGAAUACAGAUACAUAGUACUGUAUAAAACCACUGAACUGCUGUGCAUUAGCCUGAUGAUUCUGAGAUUGAAACAUCAGCUCAAAGGUCUUAGUGUAGCAGAGAUUUAGGUAACACUUUGGUAUAGGAGGAUAUUAUAAUGACCUUAUAAUGGCUUUGUUGAGCCUAAUCAAGCUAGUAGCUGGUAACUGGUAACUGCUUCCACAUUAUUGUUUUAUUAAGCAGUGACUGAGCUUGUGUAUAAUACACUAUAAUCUUUGAGGUAGCUCUUAUUAUGGCCUUGUUAAACAUCAUAAGCCUGACAGCUGGUAGGGCUGCACAACGUGGACAUACACUGAUCAGGCAUAACAUUAUGAGCACCUCCUUGUUUCUACACUCAUUGUCCAUUUUAUCAGCUCCACUUACUGUACAGGUGCACUUUGUAGUUCUACAGUU